AUGUUACAGGCUGACCAAACAAUCGAUUACACCAUGUUAGAACCGGGGACUAGAAAGCGAAAGCGGGUGAGCUCAGAGCCAAGAACUUCGGGGACAACACUUGAUGCUCAUAUUCUUGAGCCCGAAGACUUGGCCACUGAUGAUGCGGAGAUAGCUCCUAGCACUGCACCUCAAGCUCCGGGGGCUGACCCUCCGAGUUCAUCCACUACAGUCCCCGUUGCUCCUGUUCCACCAUCCACCACAGCAGCUCGUGGAGUGUCUACCGAGGGUAUGCGAGUGCUAUGGGCCGCAGAUGCUAAAGUUAAUUGGUUGGUUGAGAGGCUGCCCAAUUUUGUGAAAGAGGCGAUAGAGGCACCAAUGGCACCCUACACUCAGGCGAUCACAGAUAUUAGGAAAGAGCAGGACAAAAUUAAGGAGCAUGUUCGCCACAUUGAUCGUCGGCUGGAGCAGAUUGAGGGGGGCAGUACAGGCGGCCUUCCUGCCAUUCGGGCGGACUUAGCUAAGGUCAAGGAGGACAUUCGAGUAUUGAAAGUCCCCGACAUUGAGCUCAGUGCACCCAUUCUACCAUCUGGUGCCUCCUUAUUCUCCACUGGGCCCACAGCUCCUGCCAUGCCUUCGGGAAAAGGGGUGGAGGAGCCAACUGGGGAGGAAGAAGAAACUGAGGAAGAAGAGGAAGAAGAGGAGGAAGAAAGUGAGAAAGAGUUUGACGAGGAGCUGGAGGUUGACCUAGCUGUUGAGGAGGCACGUACUUCCGCCCGGGCUGCUGGUAUCGCUGAGGAUGAGAUUGACACAUAUGUGGCCAUGCAACAGUCCCUAGAGGCGAGCAGGAAAUCCAGGGGGGCCUCUCGACCCCCGAGGGAGGGGGAGGCCAGUUCAUCCACCGCUCCUCCAGUUGACACACGAUUGCCCCCAUCUGUGGGGCCUGAGAUAUUGACACCCAGGCUGGAGGAUGAUACUGCACCGCUCCCAUUGAUAGUACCUCCGUUGGAAGUCCUCCCUGCUGAUCAGACACCAUCGGACGCCUGA